AUACUUUUACAGGUUCAUUUUGCAAUUUUUCUAAUCUGUAAAAAAAUACUCACCAGGAACAGAAGGUAAACUGUAAAAUUUGAUCAUGAAAAAAAAGUGAUUUAAAAGGGCUGUAUCAAUUUGAUAAAUAAAACUCUAAUUAAUCUUUCAUUACUGUCAAUUACUUCCCUAGUUAAGCAGAAGAGAAUUGGAGAAUAAGGAUGGUGAAUGAUAUAGAUGAUGACAAACCUUCUGAGUUAACAACAAUUCCUCUUGACGAUAUCAAUUCAUUAAAUAGGGAUGAAAAUGAUUUGAAAUCACAACCAGAUCGCAUAAUAUCGAAUGGCACUACAGAAUCUCAACAAGAUAUUAAUGACGAUGACGACGUUGAAAGCAUAAAAUCAACCGAUGCUAUCCUAGAUACCAAUAAUGAAGAUUUGGAUACCGUCAAUAGUACCAAAUUAGAAACUCCCAAUGAACGCGAUUUGAAUCCUGAUUUAAACAGAUUCAUGUCAAGUUGUCAAGAUGGUAAUUUCACUUUGGUCAAAGAAUUAAUCAAUGAGAAAAAAGUGGGUAUAAACGAUACUUUCAGUGAUAGUAUAACUGGUUUGCAUUGGGCCUGUAUCAAUAAUCGAUUGACGAUUGUUAAAUACCUUAUUGAAAAUGGUGCCGAUCCAAAUUAUUUAGGUGGAGAUUUGAAAGCUUCACCAUUACAUUGGGCUUGUAGAAAUGGAUUGGUUUAUAUUGUUGAUUAUUUAUUAACCAAUCCAACUACCAAAGCUAAUCCCAGCUUAGUCGAUUCUCAACAAUACAAUGCUUUACAUUUAGCAGUUCAUUCUUCAAACAUAACAUUAAUAAUUUAUUUAUUAUUAACUUGUGUUGAUUCAAAACAAAUUUAUAUUGAUGAACCGGACAAUUGUAAUCGAACUUGUUUACAUUGGGCUUCAUAUCAAGGUGAUAUCCUUACUGUCAAUGCAUUAUUAAAAUUCGGGGCUGAUAUUUCUAAAGUGGACAAUACAUUAUUCUUACCAAUUCAUUGGGCAUUCAUGAAAGGGUAUAAGAGUGUAUUGAAAGUAUUCGUGGAAGCUGGAUCUGAUAUUCAUGCCAGGACAGAUCAGAAUAAGGAUUGUUUCGGCGUGGCUCAAGAUAUGAAUUGUACUAAUACAUGGAUUAAAGUUUUGAAAGAAGCUGAUUUAGAUCCAAAGACUAAUUAUACAUCUAAAAUCCAUCAUAUUGUUCCCCCAAAAUUAGGUAAGAUCAUCACCUUUUUAAUCCCUUAUGUUGUGUUACCGAUUGGAUUUGAAAUUUGUUCAUUUAGUAAUGGAUUCAUUAUUCCUAAAUUAUUCUUUUCAGUGUUGAUAGCAUUGGCAGCUAUUUAUUUAACAUCAAGAUUCUUAAUUCCUAUUUAUUUAGUUGACGAUAAAGCCAUUGCCAAAUCUCCAUUCUUAGCGGGGAUUUUCUCUGGUACAGUAUUCUGGAGUGUGGUUGUAUUUAUAUUUAAAAUGAUUCCAGCUAUUUUAUUUCGUCAAUUUUUACCGGUAUUACUACUUGGUGGAUUAAUUUCAUUAUUCAUGUGGGCAUUUUUCAAAGCUAUGUUUAUAAAUCCAGGUUUUGUCCCUACUCCAACUGAUCAUUCUAUCAUCUUAACUCAAGUCAAACAAUUAAUUCAAUUAGGUAAAUUCGAUACUGAUCAUUUUUGUGUGAAUACAUUCAUUAGAAAACCAUUAAGAUCAAGAUAUUCUAAUUAUAAUAAAAAAUUAAUCGCUCGAUUCGAUCAUUAUUGUCCUUGGGUUUAUAAUGAGAUUGGAGUUAGAAAUCAUAAAUUAUUCAUGACAUUUGUUUAUGCUUUAAACAUAUCGAUUUUAUUAUUCACUUAUAUUUCAUGUAAAUAUUUUGAUUAUUUAGAAGAUAGUGGUGAUUCAAAUUAUGAUUCAGAUGAUGAAGAUAUCGGCAUUUGUUACCUUUUAUCCGACGACUUAUGUUACGGUUACAAACAACACCAUUUCCACUUCAAUCUUGUUAUUUGGUGUUUAUUACAAUAUGUUUGGGUUGUGUUUUUAUGUAUAGCACAAACUUUCCAAAUUUCAAAGGGAUUAACCACUUGGGAAUUUUCUACAUUAGGUAAUAAAAUCCAAUCAUCAAGGUUUAAUCAUUCCACCGUUCCAAAAGAUUUGAAUGGAUUUGAAGCUAAUGGAUCAUCAUCUUCAACUGAUGGAAUUGCUGAUUCAAAUAAUGGUGCAUCCCCAUUUCAUCGUCAUGAUGAUUCCCUUAGAAAUUAUUUAAAUUUAAUUGGAAUUGAUCAAUUUGUAUUAACGAUCAAGAUGACUAUCAGUUCAAUAUUUUCACGUUCAUCAACUUCAACCAACAACAACGAUGAUGAAGAACAUGAUGGUACUCAACCAUUUGGUAUUAAUAGAAUCAAUGUCCCAACCGAUUAUGGAAUUAAACAAAAUUGGUUAGAUUUUUGGAUUUUAGGUGAUGAAGUUAAUUUUAGAAAUUUAUUAUAUUUACCUAUCGAAGGUGAAAAUAAUUUGAAUGGUAAAGUAGUGGAUUAUUAUAAAUUAUAUGAAUAUCCUGCUAAGACUCCAGUCAAUGAAUUAGUUUAAUAUGUUUAUAGAUUAAGAAAAUGUACACUUCCUCAUAAUUAACAUUGA